AGUUUUCAGAAGGAGCUUGAGUUGACAGUUUUUUGUGUCUUUAUUCAGGAAACACUGUAUAAUUUGUAGAGAUAAACUGAAGAGGCAUCUGCAGCAGAGGUUCAGUCAUGUGUUUGAGGGCGUGGCUAAAGCAGGAGACUCCGCCCCCCUGACCCAGAUCUACACAGAGCUCCACAUCACAGAGGGCGGAGCCUCAGAGGUCAACCAGGAACAUGAGGUCAGACUCAUGGAGACGGCGUCCAGGAGACCGGCCGCUCCAGAGACCAUCACAUGUGAAGAGCUCUUUAAACCCCGCCCACAUUCACCACAGCCAAUCAGAUUGGUGCUGACGAAGGGCGUGGCCGGCGUGGGGAAAACAGUGCUGACUCAGAAGUUCAGUCUGGACUGGGCUGAAGGCCGGGCCCACCAGGACCUCCAGCUGCUGUUCCCGUUCACUUUCAGAGAGCUCAAUGUGCUCAGAGACACACAGUUCAGCCUGGUGGAGCUGCUGCACCACUUCUUCAGUCCAUCCAAACAUCUCUGCAGCUUCCAACAGCUCCAGGUGCUCUUCAUCUUUGACGGUCUGGACGAGUGCAGACUUCCUCUGGACUUCAGCCGAACCAGAGUCCUGACCGACCCCACAGAGUCCACCUCAGUGCACGUGCUGCUGGUGAACCUCAUCAGGGGGAGCCUGCUUCCCUCCGCUCUCCUCUGGAUAACCACGCGCCCCGCCGCGGCCAAUCAGAUCCCUGCUGAGUGCGUCUCCAUGGUGACAGAGGUCAGAGGGUUCACCGACCCACAGAAGGAGCAGUACUUCAGGAAGAGGUUCAGAGACCAGGCCAAAAAAGUCAUCCCCCACAUCAAGAGCAUCCGCAGCCUCCACAUCAUGAGCCACAUCCCGAUCUUCUGCUGGAUCCUCUCCACAGUUCUACAGAAACUUCUGGAACAAACAGAACCAGAGCUGCCCCGGACUCUCACACAGAUGUAUGUCCACUUCCUGGUGGUGCAGGCCAAAGUCCAGAACAUCAAGUAUCACCAGGGAUCAGGGGAGGACCUUCACUGGAUUCCAGAGACCAGGGAGAUGGUGAAGUCUCUGGGAAAACUGGCCUUUGAGCAGCUGCAGAAAGGAAACCUGAUCUUCUACGAGAGUGACCUGAGCGAGUGUGGGCUGGACGCUGCAGCGGCCUCAGUGUACUCCGGAGUGUUCACACAGAUCUUUAGAGAGGAGCCAGGCCUGUACCAAGACAAGGUCUACUGCUUCAUCCAUCUGAGUGUGCAGGAGUUUCUGGCUGCUCUUCAUGUCCAUCAAAUCUUUUUCAGCUCUGGAGAGAAUCUGCUGAAGACACCACACUCCUCUGAAAGUCCUGAGUCUGUGGCAGGUUUCUACCGCUCUGCUGUGUACCAGGCCUUACAGAGUCCAAACGGACACCUGGACCUGUUCCUGCGCUUCCUCCUGGGGCUGUCUCUGCCGACCAAUCAGAGGCUGCUGCAGGGUCUGCUGACUCAGACAAGAAGUGGCUCACAGACCAAUCAGAAGACACUGAAGCACAUCAAACGGAAGCUGAAUGAAAAGGGUCUGUCUGCAGAGAGGAGCCUGAACCUGCUCCACUGUCUGAACGAACUGAACGACCACAGUUUGGUGCAGGAAAUACAGGAGAACAUGAGAAAAGGACAACUCUCCUUGUUAAGAUCUCCUGCUCAGUUGUCGGCUCUGUCCUUCCUCUUACUGUCCUCAGACUCAGAUCUGGAGGAGUUUGAUCUGAGGAAAUACCAGGCCUCAGAGACAGCUCUCCUGAAUCUGCUGCCAGUGGUCAGAGCCUCCACCAAAGUCCUUCUUUGUGGCUGUGGUCUGUCUCCUCACAGCUGUGCUCCUCUGGCCUCAGUCCUCAGCUCCUCCAGUCUCACACAUCUGGAUCUCACUAACAACGACCUCCAGGACUCAGGAGUGGAGCUGCUGUGUUCUGGACUGAAGAGCGCCCCCUGCAGACUGGAGACUCUCAGGUGAGACGCUCCCAUGAUGCACUCUGCCCCCUUGUGUCCACAUGAGUGUAAUUCUGUGUCUUUAGGCUGUCUGGAUGUCUGGUCUCAGAGAGGGGCGGGGCUGCUCUGGCCUCAGCUCUGAGCUCCGCCUCCUCCCACCUGAGAGAGUUAGACCUCAGCUACAACCAUCCAGGACCCUCAGCAGAGCUCCUGACCGCUCUACGGGA